GUAGUAGACGGUCCCGGACGUAACCCUGCGGUCAGCGACCUCACGGUUGGUGUACAAGACGAACUGGUUCAGUUCCAGCGUUUGUGGAGACAUUUUCGUGUUUUUAUCAUACAUAUCUACAUAUUCCUACCACACUACGGACGGAUACGUGUCUCUGCUUGUACCGCAUACAUCUCGAUAAAACACCAUGGGGGACAUCGUGAAGCUAUCUGAUGUGUUCCAAGAGCAGGAAGAGUCCACUGUGAUACAGAGGGGUCCAGCUUCCUCUGAGGAAGAGAGAGAAAAACUUGGCUUGGAGUGUACCAUUUGCGGUGACAGGGCCACGGGAUACCACUAUGGAGCAUUCAGCUGCGAGGGAUGCAAAGGGUUUUUCCGGCGAGCAUUCCUGCGAGGCCACGUGAAGAAGUGUCCGACCGGCGGCAGUUGUGAGAUGGACCUGUACAUGAGGAGGAAGUGUCCUGACUGCAGGCUCAGGAGGUGCAAGAUGAUGGGCAUGAGGCCUGAAUGCCUGCUGUCAGAAGCUCAGUGCAAGUCCAAGUUCUUAUGGAGAAGAUCAAAAGGUGGUUCCAAGCAUGAAAAACAGGGAACCUCUCCAUUUUCAACUUCAACAACCAAUCAGCAACCUCAAAACCCUGCAGUUGGGACCAAUCAGCCUCCAGCUAGCAGGGUGACCAAUGAGUGCCUUGACACCCCAACAACCAAUCAGCAGCCUCAAAUCCCGACCAAUCAGAGACCACUUUCUGACAAACAGUACCCCUUGAGUCAACUCCUGACUGGGUUGAGAGGUGCGCCAGCUACUGCAAAUCCCAACAUCCCUGGAUGGCAACCUCACAGAAAUCCACUGGCACCGCCCACAAAUGAAUCAGCCAAUCAACAACAGCCUGUGUUUGUCAAUCAAGUCAAUGUGUACUUGGGUGCCCCACCCAAGGAUGGGGAGGGUGAUCCAUCUACAGUGCAGGUGUCACCUGCGUUUGUUGCCCAACUCCUUUCAAAUAAUGGCUCGUUGACAUCACCGCAGGUGUUGUCCAUGCUAUCAUCGCAGGUUCCAUCAGCUAGUCCUGCUGGUGAUAACCCUACCCAGCAGAGUCAGAACAAUAAUGCUGGACCUUUCAGUGCCAACUUUCAUCUAAGCAAGUCUCUAGAACAAGCUGCAACUCAUACUAAACCAGGAACCAAUCAGAUGCAACCAUCAAGUGUCAAUCAGAAGGCACCAGCCAAUGAAUGGCCUUCCUCUUCAGCUGCAUCAGCGCUAUUAUCCUCACUAGGGACUCAACUUAGUAAUGUGACACCUCCCCCGAGCAGCGGACCAAGCCCUGACCUGUCAACCAAUCAGAUGCCUGCUGACAACGUGGGAAGAAAAGCCAUCCUUUCCCAACUGUUAGGAAUUUCGAAUUUGAACGGGUCAGCUCUCUCAGCAACCAAUCAGACAAGAUCUCCCCCUAUCCAGGCAGUGUCAGGCCGAAGCUCAAUGAUCAUGGAUGUGGCAGGCCCUUCUUCUGCCUCAGCCAAUCAUCUGAGACCUGUGAUGACCAAUCAGCAAAGAGCAGGAGGCUCUGUGAUACAUGCUGGAGGGAGCCCCAUGGCUCAGAGCAAAAAUCUACAGUUGACUUCUGAACAGAAGGUGCUAAUUGAGGAACUGGACAAGGCACAGAAACUGUACCUCCCUAGCCAAAACUGGGAUGAGGUUAGGGCCACUCUUGUCACCAACACUCUGGAGGAGCAUCAGGCCAAGGCUGUUGACCUCAUCACAGCGGGUAUAGAGAAACACAUCCAGUGGGACAAGACGUUGCGGGGCUUCAAGGAUCUGUCAGAGGAGGACCAGAUAGCUCUUGUCAAGGGUUCAGUUGUGGAGUCCAUGUUGAUAAAGAUGGUGCAGUCUGGUGAGGUGGAAACUGAGGACAUUCUGCAGAACAUCCUUAUCUCAGCCCAUACAAAGGAGUUUUUAGACAACAUCCUCCCCUUCUACAAGUCUGUUCACCAGUUUGGGAUUGACUCCAACACUUACAACCUACUACAUGCUGUUAUCGUUUUGUCACCUGAUCGUCCACAUGUCCAAGACCAGGCCUGUGUCCAGCGAGCCCAGGACGUGUACCUGGAGACCCUGGUGACCUACUGUAAGCUGCACUACCCCCACCAGCCCUACAUCUUCCCUCACCUGGUGGGCAAGAUGACGGAGCUGCGCAGCCUCGGACACAACCACGAGCGCCACUGGCGCAACAAGGACAUCAUGAGGAAGGAGCCGCUCAUCGUGGAAAUCACGCCGAGUCUCAAAAACCAAUAAAACCUCAAUCAGAUGUUUUCUAGAUGUUUGUUAGCCAUUCCGGUUAUAGGUUGGACUUACAAUAUAGCUUUAAGCUAAGGGCACAACCCGCCGUACGUGCAAAUACGUGCUGUCUACGUGCCAAAACAUGGGCAAUUUUUUGGGGAUUCGUAAGUGGUACGUACCGCCUCCGUACGAACUCGAAGGGAAUCUGACGGAUUUUGGAGCACGCAGACACGACGUACAACUUUAUGUGCAGGCAAAACUUUAUGUGCCAUCAGGCUGCCGAUUCGCCCCCGUUACUUGUGAGUACAGGCAACGUGCCUGCCCUGUACAGCCUGGACGUUUUCAGAAAUACGUGGCAGACGGGGCCUCUCAAAAAACGUACGGACAAAUUGCAUGUACAGCGGGUUGUGACCCUAGCUUUGCACAGCAGCUGCAGUUGUGUAGGUUAGGUGUGACAGACUAUAAUAACUGAUUUAGUGUAGUAUUACCAGCUGCUGUCAUGCUGUGUGCCUGCAAAUCUUGUCUGUUACACCAAAGGACACACAUUGAACAUUGAAGAUGGAACAUUGAAAGGGUGGUUAUACUGGCUAUAGAUGACACAAGUUCACCUUUAUCCACGAGGUAACCCAUAUCUGAGUAUUUAUCAAAUUGAUGGACAGUGGUUUCAAAAUGCAAUACUACUGUUAGUAUUUUCAGACUAUUGCAGUUAUUUUCAAAAUAUCUCGCUGUCCGUCUAUUUGAUAUCCCUAACCACCCCGCCCUUAAAACAACGGAUAUAGGUUUGAUACCCCGCUGACAAAGGUGAAAUAGUGUAACAGUUACAGAUACAGGCUGGCUUGUAAACCUGUAAUGAUUUUAAAGGAUAUUACAGAAUUGUUUAUCUCCCAUUUAAUGUUGAGCUUUUGGUUCCGUGCAUCAUAGAGCUUCCAGUGUUAGUUUCAAGCGUCAAACCUCUAAACUCAAAACACUUGUCGAGAAGAGUAGGUAAUACCGUAUAGCCUACAGUGCUUGUCUGAAAACAUGAGCUACAGCAGAAAAAAUGUGAGCUAUGCUGAAAUCAGAUUGCACUACCAACAUGUAACUAUCGAAGAGUCUUUUAUCAAGAGGAUUAUUCUUAAUUCUUUUAUCCUAGAUUUGUCAGACUGACAUGCAUGUGUAUCAGAAACG